GGGGCGGCGGCAGCCGAGGCAGGGCCGAGGCCGCUGUGUGAGUGACAGAAAGCUUCUCCGUGACUCCGCCUCGCGCCGGUCCCCGAGGAGCCCCUCGAUCCCCACUGGGCCUCGAGAGCACACAGCCUGGGUGGGAGCUGACAAGUCCCUUCGCCCACUUCCGGGAAUCUCCGCACCUGCUCGCCCCAACCGCUAGUCUCGCGAGAGUCCGAUCGCGGGCUGCCCGGGUGUAGGAGGUGGCUGAGGACCAGGCGGCGGGCUGCCUUUUUUCUCGCCCGGAAGAAGGAAGACUGGGAGGGAUCUUGGACAACCUAACUCAUGAGAUAGCUGUUUUCUGAGCAGUAAAUUGAGGAAGCCCAAGCAUGCCUCACUGACAUGCCCUCACUCAACAAGUACGUGGGCCUCUCACUGUUGUGGCCUCUCCCGUUGCGGAACACAGGCUCCGGACGCGCAGGCUCGGUGGCCAUGGCUCACGGACCCAGAUGCUCCGCGGCAUGUGGGAUCUUCCCGGACCUGGGGACGAACCCGCGUCCCCUGCGUCAGCAGGCGGACUCUCAACCACUGCGCCACCAGGGAAGCCCCUCUUACUCUGUUUUUAAAGGGCCUUUAAAAAAAAAUUGGUACAGUGGUUCUCAAAUUGUAGCCACAGACUAACAGCAUUAGCAUUGCCAGGAUCUUGUUAGAAAUGCAAUUUUUCAGGUUUACCCCAGUCUUCCUGAAUCAGAAACUCUGGAGGUGGGUUCUAGUAAACUGUGUUUUAAGGAAUCCAUCAGAUGAUUCUGAUGCAUAUUAAAGCCUGAGAACCAUGGGUCUAGAGAAAUGACUGAUAUCAUUCAAAUGACAAAAACUCUAAUACAGCAACUCUUGGGUAUGUGAGAAUAACCCUAUUCUUGUUUAAGUGCACAGUUCUGAGUGCCUUCCUACAAAGUCUGUCCAGUAGGUCUGAGGUGGGCCCAGAAAUCUCAUUUUAGUCAGUAGGUAAUUCUGAUGCAGGAGGUCCACAGGUGACUCUGAGAACCAUGCUCAUUUGUCAAUUGUUAGUCUCCAGUAUAUUCAACCUCUCAGCAACAUUGGACAUGAUGGACCUCAUCCACCUCCGGUACCACUUUCUACAUUUUGGGACUCUCUCAGUUAUCUUCCUACUUUACUGGCCAAUCAAUCACAAUUUCCUUUACUGAACUUGCCUGUUCUUCCCAGCCUCUAAACAUUAGUGCACUUGAGGCUUAUUCUUUAGACCUCUUCUUUUUUCCAUCCAUGCUCACACCAUAGUGCCAAUGACUCAAAUGUGUAUCUUCAUACAUGUAUAUGAAAAGAUAUCUUCACUUGAAUAUUUUAAUGGCAUCUAAAACCUAAUAUAUCCAACACUCAUCUCUUGGUUUCUACCCUUCAAACCUGCUCCUCCCCUGUUUCCCACCAAUCUUCCCAUCCAAAUAGAUGCCACCACUUCCAAUUUCUUCCUGUUUCCCUCAAGUUUUCUAUCUUUGGAUUCAUCAAAAUUUCUCCGCUGAUCAGAAUUGACUCAAGAGAUAAAGUUCUGGUUGUUGCUUCCUUUGCUCUCAGAGAGUUCUGGAGGCCAAAAGUCCAAAAUCAAUAUCACUGGGCCAAAGUCAAGAUGUUGGCAGAAGCACACACCCUCCACAGGCUCUAGGUAGGAAUUUGAUGGAUGGCAUAAUGGAGGUCCCAGUUAGAAGACAGAACAUGGAGAGGAAAAAAAGUGAGAUGGCAGUUCCUGGAUUUACCCUUGGUGCCUUCAUACUUCUGUUGCUUGUUAGUUCUGUGGCUAAUUAUCCCAAUGGAAAAGUAACGAAGUCAUGCCGUGGAAUGAUUCCUGAACAUGGUCAUACUCCACAGUCUGAUCCCCCUUACUACAUCUCAGUGAAUCAGAUGACAUUCAGGCCAGGAGAGCAGAUCAAAGUUACUUUGUCAGGGCCACCAUUUAAAGGCUUUCUCUUAGAAGCACGUGAUGAGAAUUUGACUGGCCCUCCUAUUGGCUCCUUCACAUUGAUUGACAGUCAAGUGUCACAGCUUCUGACCUGUGAAGAUAUACAGGGAUCAGCUGUGAGUCACACAAGUCCAUCCAAUAAAAGAGAAAUUAAAGUCUAUUGGAAUGCUCCAAGCAGUGCCCCAAACCACAUAAAGUUUCUAGCCACAGUUGUUGAGAAGUACGAUACCUACUGGGUGAGGAUUCCUGGUCCUAUAAUUUCACAACCAAACGUCCUUCCUUUUACAACACCGAAAGCUACCAUAGCACCUAUGCCAACAUUGCCUCCAGUCUCCCAUUUAACGAAAUCAUUCAAUGCUUCAGAUUGUGGGAACAAGAAGUUCUGUAUUAGGAGUCCUUUGAACUGUGACCCGGAGAAAGAGCUUGCCUGUGUCUUCUUGUCCUUCACGCGAGAUGCCAAGUCAGUGAUGGUUGAAAUGAGCGGUCCCAGUAAAGGCUAUUUAUCCUUUGCAUUUUCUCACGACCAAUGGAUGGGUGAUGAUGAUGCUUAUGUGUGUAUUCUUGAAGAUCAGACUGUGCACAUACAACCUUCCCAUCUGACAGGGCGAAGUCACCCUGUAAUGGACUCCAGGGAUCCUCUUGAGGAUAUGGCUUGGAGGUUGGCAGAUGGUGUUAUGCAGUGUUCUUUCAGAAGAAACAUUACCUUUCCUGGGGUUAAGAAUAGAUUUGAUCUAAAUGCAAGCUACUACAUAUUUCUAGCAGAUGGUGCAGCUGAUCAUGGUCGGAUUCAUAAGCAUUCUCAGCAACCUUUGAUUACAUAUGACAAAUACAAUGUGACAGGCUAUCCAGAGAACAUAGGAGGAUCCCAUUCUUUACUCCUUCUGAAGGUUCAUGGUGCCUUAAUGUUUGUGGCAUGGAUGACUACAGUUAGCGUAGGUGUACUGAUUGCCCGGUUCUUCAAACCUGUUUGGUUAAAGCCUUUAUUUGGUGAUGCAGCUUGGUUUCAGGUACAUCGAAUGCUCAUGCUUACUACUUCUGCCCUCACUUUCAUUGCUUUUCUUCUGCCUUUUAUUUACAGAGGAGGCUGGAAUUGGCAUGCAGGUUAUCACCCAUACCUUGGUUGUAUAGUGAUGAUUUUAGCAGUUCUUCAGCUUCUUUCGGCAGCCUUCAGACCACCUUUACAUGACCCAAGAAGGCAAAUGUUUAAGUGGACUCAUUGGAGUAUGGGAACAGCUGCUAGAAUAAUAGCAGUGGCAACAAUGUUCCUGGGAAUGGAUUUACCAGGAUUGAAUCUUCCUGGGCCAUGGAAAACCUAUACAAUGAUUGGAUUUGUAGCCUGGCAUGUUGGGACAGAGAUUGUUCUGGAGGUACACACUUACCGACUCUCUAGAAAAGAUGAAAUAUUGGAUGAUGAUAGAAUUCAGAUCCUCCAGUCAUUUACUGCAGCUGAAGCAGAAGGUUAUGCUUUUAAAAAGGCGGUGUUAGCAAUCUAUGUCUGUGGGAAUUUGACUUUUCUCACUAUGUUCUUAUCUGCAAUCAACCAUCUAUGAGCGAGCGAAGACCUUGGCUUUUGCAGACCAGGUGAUAAUUAUCAUCAAGCCAAAAAACUUGAUGCCUGUAUCGACUGGAGUGUAUUCAUGACUUCUAAUUAGGAAGACCAGGCCAUGUCUGUAGAGAAAUUCGGAAGUCUGGUCUUUAGAGAUCAACAUUCACUAGGGUCCUAUGGGCUACAAACUGAUGUCAAGCUUUUACAUAUUAUUCUGAGUCUUAAAGGGAAGAUUGUACUUGAGGAGAAAUGACUCAAAUAUUUUUUAUGCUGAAGUUUUAAGAAUGUUAGCAUGUAAGAAAAUAACUGUUUGGAAAAACAUAAAAGAUGUCAUAGGAUAAAAUGCAGAUAGUAUUAAGGUAAAUAUAUUUUGGACUAUAAAGGUGCUGUGGUACUUUAAAGAAAACAUUUAUUUUUACUAGUUUAUCUGAAUGGUCUUUUUUUAGGAUUUUUUUCCCCUUACCCCCUUUCUUAAAAAUUUUUUUGGAAACACGUUUUCGAUCCAGUGUUUUGGACAUAUCCUUUGUUUCGUGUAUUUUGUUACUUCCCUGGUAAAGGUGAAAGUAGGGCUAACACCAUUUCAUUAACAUUUAAAUAUAUUAUUAAUAUUAUAAUUUCUUUCUUAGCAGUGAAAUGCAAGUGUGCAUCUUCUGAUUAAGAGUGUCUUUAUAUAUUCAGCUACAGAGCUAAAAUGGCAUUCUAUAUGCUAAUUGUUUUGACUCUGAGGUUGUCUUAGCCUUUGGAGAUUGUAGACUUGCAUUUCAAAAUUAAUAAAAUUCACUCUUGUGAACAUAUUUAAGAGUUAUUCUUUGUCCUUGUGGUAAUAAAAUAAUAUGGGUGGUACUGUUUUGUUAGAAGAUCCUGAUGCUAUAAUGAAUUAGAAUUAUCAAUGUUAUUUCCCUUCCGGUUCCAAUAAUUUCUAUUUUAUGACUGGGUCUCAUGUUUGCUAUGAGGACUUCUAGCCAGUGGGUGGCGCCAUAAUACUACUGCUUUGUUACUGUUCACUUGUGUUGAUUCAUUUUUAGUACUUAGAUAAUAUCUUGGGAUGGCAUUUCUCUUAAAAUUCACCAACUCUUAAUAUUUAUUUGAAAAAUUUCUGUCUUUUUUUCUUUUCCUAACAGUUAUAGGUUACAAACUGAAAUUAGGGACCAAUGUUAUUUUCUGGUUUCAAUUCUAUUUGUUUUCUAACCAUGAUUGUUUAUAACCGUUGUUUGAUACUUCCCUUUACAUUCCCGUGACCUUGUAACAAAUGAACAUAACUAUCUUAGGCAGAGGAAACAAGCAAAACUCUACAUUCUUAAAAUAAAAAGUUUAGGGAGGCAUAUUUUACUUUUUUAUGUGUUCUUUCUGAUUGAUCCAAGGACCUAAAUUCUAUCUGGCAUAAAUAAUAGCCUCAGCGAUGUAUCUUACAUCUUUCACUGGGUAAAAUGGUAUGUUUUUGUUCUUUAUACAGGUGUUUAUCAUAAGUAGCUUAGGGUUUGAGAUGUGAACUUUCCGUGUUUAUGUUCUAUAAGUGCCAGGCUAUUUACAGUCUAAACUUUCCUUUUGAAUGCCUUUAUUUAAAAACGUUUUGUUUAGUAUAGAAAGUUAAAUGUAUACUAAAAUAUUUUCCUCUAACUUUCAAUUAUUAGGGGCCUAAAGGUUAAUAAAAUUCUCUUAAGAAAUUAUAUCAUACAUUUGACAAGGAAAGAUUUGUUUAAGGAGAAGAUGAACCUUGGUGGGUUUCGUUUUCAAAUUCGUGAGCUUGCUGGAUUUCCAGUGCUGAGGCUAACCUAUUUUAACUUUUCUUUUUCAUUGAUUCAUCUGUUGGCACUAUUUUGAUAUAUCAUCAAUUGAUAUACAGAGUUGUCCAAAGAAGUCUUUGUCAUCUAACCUUAGUAGACCAACAAACCUUUUCAUUAAUAUCAAAUUAUGAUUCUUCUGCUUAUGAAUGGUUGACAUCUACAAAUUGAAAAUGCCUAUUCGUUGCUCCUCUCAGUUUUCCUUCUUGAUUUUGUAAUAAACAAUCUGUUUUUUUAAAGUUUUUUUUUUUUUUUUCAGUACGCGGGCCUCUCACUGUUGUGGCCUCUCCCGUUGCGGAGCACAGGCUCCGGACGUGCAGGCUCAGCGGCCAUGGCUCACGGGCCCAGCCGCUCCGUGGCAUGUGGGAUCUUCCCGGACAGGGGCACGAACCCGUGUCCCCUGCAUUGGCAGGCAGACUCUCAACCACUGCGCCACCAGGGAAGCCCUAAAGAUAUCUUUUGAUAGGAGUAAUUGUUAAACGAAAUGCCUUUAUAUCUUCAGCAAUGUUGCCUCAAAUAGCAAAAUCAUGAGUUUUCUUCUUAAAGAUGGGUUCUUCUAUAAAAUAAAAAUAACUAUUUAUUUUUGAAAAAAAAGUGAAACAAAUUCUAGAAAGUUGUGGUUGGGGUAGCAUUCAUAACUGAGGCUAUUUUUGUUUUUAUUAUUUUCUUAUCUUUGGAAAUCAAUCUUAAGGACGUGGGUAGCCUAUGGCAUAAGUUAUCGAAUAACACUUAAGUGCCUACUUGGUUAUUAGGAUUUUGGCUCUAAUGUGUGUUAAGUGAUAUUCAUCCCUCCACAUCUUGUCCCAGUCCAGGUUGUGGUGGGAAGAGACAGAUGCAGCAGAUGCCAGCCAGGAAGCCCUAGGGGGGACCUGUAGCUUUUGGCUGAAAUUUUAUUUGUCUGUAUAUUCUGGUGAAGCAAGGAAAAAAAAAGGACAAAGGUCCUUGUUUAAGAUAAUCCAUUGUAGACGGGAAUGAAAGAAAGGAUUCUUCUAAGCUCUUUUCAAAUCAGAUUAGGUUACACACUGUCACUGUGCACACCCUGCUUCUUUCCUUCUUGCCCAAUACCCACCAGGCUCAUCUCUGCACCCAGGUCACUGAUGGUCAUCUGCCUGGAAUGCCCUUUCUGUUCCCUUCUUUCUAGCAAAAACUAGUUUAUUAAGUUCUGGCUCAAAAAUCCUUCUUGUUUUUGGAGGCUUCCCUGACUGUUCCUUCUACAUAAGUGUCUCCUGACCAUCCUUAUAAAUGGUAUGCUGGGAGGCAGAUAACCCUGUACAUAAAAAAGACUGGGAGUCUGGGAGCGGAGCUGGAAGACCUAAGCAUGCUUGUCUGAUUUAUAAGACUCAUGUCGUUGGGCAAAUUGCUCAUUUUCUCCGAGCCUCAUUCCUUCAUCUGUAAAGCCCAUCUCACAGGGCAGUUAUGAGGAAGGAAGGAAGUGGUACCAGCAAAAGGUGCUUUGUACAUGUUGUUGAUGAUGUCAUUGCUUUUGAUUACAGUGUUAAACUUUAGUAGUUUUUACCUAUGGAAUGUGUAGUUUUUAUUUGAUAAAAAAUUUGAUAUUCACCUUGAAAACAUUAUGCUAAGUGAAAUAGCCAGACAAGAAAGGACCUCUAUUAUAUGAUUUAUUUACUUGGAGUACCUAGACUAGUCAAAUUCAUAGAAAGUAGAAGGGUGAUUACCCAGGACUGGGGGAGAGGGAGGAAUGGGGAGCUGUUAUUUAAUGGGUACAGAAUUUCUGUUUGGGAUGAUGAAAUUGUUCUGGAGAUUGAUAGUGGUGAUGCUUACAUAACACUGUGUAUGUACUUAAUGCACUGAAUUGUAUCCUUGAAAGUAGUUACAGUGGAAGAUUUUGUGUUAUGUAUAUUGUACCACAAUAAAAAAAUAAUUAAAAAUUUGAUGUUUAUAGGAACACUAUUCACAAUACCCAAAUGAUGGAAACAGCCCACAUGUCCAUCAACAGAUAAAUGAAUAAGCAAAUUGUGGUACAUACAUACAAUGAAAUAUUAUUCAGCCAUAAAAAGAUAUGAAGUACUGAUGCAUGCUGUCACAUAGAUGAACCUUCAGAACUUUAUGCUUCUCCAUGGCUACCAGAGACAUCAAAGGGCUGGAAUAAGAAGAGGAACAGCAAAUAAACAAACAAAAAACCUAUUAUGCUAAGUGAAUCAGACACAAAAUGUCACAUAUUAUGAUUAUAUGAAAUAUCCAGAAUAGGUAAAUGCAUAGCAACAGCAGAGUGGUGGUUGCCAGGGCCUUGAGGGGAGGGAGUGGAGGAGGGAAUGGGGAGUAAUUGCAUGAUGGGCAUAAGAUUUUAUUUUGUGGUGCUGACA